AGACAACGACGGAAGCGAGAGAGAGAGAGAGAGACACAGAGAGAGGGAAAGAAAAAAGGGAUUAGCAUCUGUCUUACACGGAAAGAGGGUCGUGGUCGGCGCACAGGGGUGCUCGACAAACGCGCGAACUGGGGAGCUGAGUGGGCGGACAGGAGAAACCACCAAGAGACUUCGUGCAGACACACACCCCUCCCGAACGAACCCCAGUCACUUCUCGGGUUGUAUCAUCGAGAAGUGGGUCACACAAAAAGGGGAAAAUACGUGUGAGAGCCAUGCCAGAGGAGAGAACGUUGAGGAGGUCAUCCAUCCAGUCGAAGGAUGCAACAUUGGCGACAGAGUCGGCGCCCAGUGGCAACAAAACACAAAGCUAUGAUGACCUAAAGGCCCGUAUUUAUGAACUACUAAAACCCAUACCCCUACCAUCAUGGGUUAUAGCUUGCACCUUCAUCUUGGUGGCCCUGCUGCUCCUGUGCUGCUCUGUUUGCAUCUAUAGGAAGUGCUGUGGUCGGAAGAAGAAAGGGAAGAAAGCAAAGGAGAAAGUGCGGGCCCAUAUCAACAUCCGGGAGGUCCACGAGAUUGGCCAGAGUUAUGUUGACAAGGUGCAACCUGACGUAGAGGACCUCGACGCAGGUCUGGAUGAGAAGAGGCCAGAACAAGAGAAGCUUGGAACACUUCAGUAUUCCUUGGACUAUGACUUCCAGGCAGGACAGCUCAUUGUGGGCAUCCUUCAAGCCAAGGAUCUCCAGGCGAUGGACAUCGGCGGUACGUCAGAUCCCUAUGUGAAAGUAUACCUGCUGCCUGACAAGAAGAAGAAGUAUGAGACAAAGGUCCAUCGAAAGACACUGUGUCCAGUUUUCAAUGAGUCUUUCUACUUUAAGAUCCCCUAUGCAGAGCUUGGUGGAAAGACCCUAGUGAUGGCCGUAUAUGACUUUGACCGAUUCUCCAAACAUGAUGCUAUAGGAGAGGUGCGCAUCCCCAUGAACCAAGUGGACCUGGCGCACCUGAUUGAGGAAUGGAGAGACCUGCAAAGCGCUGAAAAAGAGGAGCAAGAGAAGCUUGGAGAUAUCUGCUUCUCCCUCCGCUACGUGCCGACCGCAGGAAAACUGACGGUGAUUGUCCUGGAGGCCAAAAACCUCAAGAAGAUGGAUGUAGGGGGGCUGUCUGAUCCGUAUGUGAAGAUCCAUCUGAUGCAAAAUGGCAAGCGACUCAAGAAGAAGAAAACAACCAUAAAGAAAAACACGCUUAACCCCUACUAUAAUGAGUCCUUCAGUUUUGAGGUCCCAUUUGAACAAAUCCAGAAGGUUCAGGUCGUCCUCACAGUCCUGGAUUAUGACAAGCUGGGCAAGAACGACGCCAUUGGUAAAGUGUUUGUGGGCUGCAACUCUUCAGGCACUGAGCUUCGUCACUGGUCAGACAUGCUUGCUAAUCCGAGACGCCCCAUCGCCCAGUGGCACACCCUUCAACCAGAGCAAGAUGUAGACAGCAUGCUAGGCAUCAGGCCAAACUAAAUUCACUGCCAGUUCGCACUCGGUGCACAACAGCAUGAUUAUUUGUGGGUGGCAAUGAAGUUCAGUUCACUUCCCUUUGAUUGAUGCUAUAAUUAUUAUCAUUGUUUAACUUAUUCACUAUUAGAAAUAGUCCCAAAGUUGCUGUGCGCAGCAGUAUGUGGGAUAACAUGACACUAGGAGUUCUUGUCCAAGUGCCAUGCAGCUUUAUCCCAUCUUUUUGUCUGAUUCAACAUUUAUGUCCGCUAUGCAAUUGUGAGUUGCCAUUCUAAUACACAAAACCCGAGUUCUCAGAUUGCCAGCUUGACAUUUUGUUAAAGGGAAGUGAACACAGUUUGUGUGUUCUUUGGCUCGUGUUAGGGUCACCUCACAUCAUAGACACACACACACACACACACACACACACACACACACACACACACACACACACACACACACACACACACACGACACAGAGCUUGCAAGCACACCAUGUGCCCAUGCAAAGGAACUCAACUGAAUAUGUCCUGCCAUCAGAUAAGUGUUUUUUCUAUGGGUUUUGCUUUCACUGGGAUACACGACCCUGAGUGAACCUGUCACCCCCUGAUUUGUGCUGUUUGAGCCCAAUUUCCCUCAUUGCUCUCCUAUUUCCAUCGGUUUAUUUGUAUAAAUAUCUUUUCUUAUGCCUCCCUUUUGUAUUUUCAGUAACUUUUCAUACAAAUGUUCACUUACCUGUCUGAGCUCUUAUGCCUCUGUACCAUGCUUUGGUUUCUUUUUGAAGUUCCCACUUUUUGCCCCAUAUUCUUGGAGAUUCUUUUACUUACUGUUUGAAUUUUGUGAUCUUUGACAUUCAAUACUCCCUUUCAGCCUUGUUCAUUUCAAACUCAUGCAUUUUCUCUUCUUUUUAUCAUCUUUUUAGCACUAUCUUGUCUGAUGUUAUAGUGUACUUGCAUUAUAAUUACACAGUGAUUACCUGCUUAAUUACAGUAUAAGGAGGCAUUAUUACCAUUUGACAUGACUAAACUUUUCUCAAAGGUUAGUACACAUUUCUCAUUCUUGUUUGAUGGACUGUUACCUGCAUAACAAGGCAAGAAUACAGAAAUACUUCCAAGUACAAAAGCAGUUACCCGCUUAGUAGGGGCUUCCCCUGAAUUAUGAACCACCACAUUAUGAAAAUGUUCAUAUUUAAAGAACGUCAUUUAGUACCACUUUCCAUCUUAUGAAACAAAAUGAAACUCAAUUUUCUCAGUUACGCAGACUGAGCCUGGGACAAUUUUCAAACGUGAACCCCUAGCACUAACAUCUGAUCAUUUUCACAGUCAUUCCAAGUAGAUCUCACUGCAGCCUGCAGAAAGGUCGCGGCUGGGAGUUGGUGAUGCCUAAUCAUAGUCUUCCGUUGCAUUCAUGUACUACCAGACUUUUCGUAACUCCCUGCUGCAAAAUUUCACUUUUGUACUUCAGUCGAACUAUUCAGAAAAAUGCAAAAUCACUGUUGAUUUGUCACUUGGUCUGCCAGAAAAAGAAAUUAAAGAUAAAUGACAUUUUUCUGUGUAAAUAAAGAGCAAAAUAAACAUAAUGAAUAUGUAUUACUUCAGUCCAAAUACAUUUUGACCAAAAAAGGUAUUUUGGGACAACCAGGUUAUACUGUAUGUUUUAGGGUGAAAGGUCAGUAUUAUGUUAAAAAAAGCUUGCUUUGUUUUGUCUGAAUUGUCCGAGUUGUAAUUCUGAGCUUGUUGAGUGUUCACAUGGUAUUUCUGAGUCGACAACUCAGAUUUACCGCCUGUCCAAGAGCACAUGAAGGCAGUAUUAAUCACCCUAACAGCUGAUGCUGUGUUCACGUGCUGUGCUCCUGUCCUGUUUUCUCAUGUGUUGCUCACGUGUUAUCUUGUAUUAUCGUGAGAGUCAUGACACUUAAAAAGAUUGUGAAAGAAUUGAAAAAAAAAGGAAAGGCCACUCCUUUGAAUGUGAAGUCAUAGAGUAGGUUAAAAGCUAAAUAAAAAUUUGACCUUACAAAAGAGGUUUUCAGGAAUGGAUUUGCUUCACAAAGCAGGGGAAGCCUGCAAUUAUAACAUAUAUAUCUCUUUACUUCCCCUUUUUAUUUUAAAGAUUUCAUUAAAGUGAGUACUUUACCUGACAACAAAGUGUACAGAGCAAGAUUUUAUUUAAAGCAGUUCACACACACCAUUCAUUGGUAACUUCUACCUACCACCCCUCUUUCCCUUAUACUGUAUGUCUCACCUUUGUUGUUUGUACUUAUUUCUUUCUACACAUUCGUCAAAUUUUUACUGGAUUUUCAUAUCUGCAGAUUCUGUCUGAUUCUUUCAAUUUCCCUUUUACUCCUCCUUCUUUUAUUUUUUAUUACUUAUUUGUCAUCUAUAAAUGUGUGACUUCACACAUUUUCAAAGACACUCUUUCUAGCUGUCAUCACUCAUUCCUGUCCCUGCCUUUUCUAUUUUCAUCUAAGCCAUUUACACUUCUUGCCUAGCUCUAGUUAACACAUCUUCUCCCUUUGCUCCUCCCUUAAGUUUAUUGGUUUUACUCUGUUGUUGGCCACCUUGCUGUAACCCCAUAUAUUUCAUUCUUCAUGAUUCAUGUCUCUCUUCUUCUCCUUGCUUAAUGUCCCAACUCAGAAUUUCUCCUUUGCUCACCCUGCUUUGUGGCUUUCUCACCUUUCUCUGUCAGUGCCCUCAGCCUAACGUUUCUGUAGAGCAUAGUAAUAGGCAACACCGACUCAGAAGAAAAGGCCCACACCCCAAGCAUGGAUGGCAUUCUCAGGUGACCAAUCUUGUCUUACUUUUCCUCACUUCAGUUAGAAGCCAAGGUUCAGAUACACUUCUGUGAGCAGACACUUCAGUCCUGGAUACUUACUCUGUUGCCCAGCUCUGUGCUUCAUCUUUGACGAUAUGGCAGGUUCAUCUACCAAGGUCUCUCUGCCUCCUUUUUACUAUUCCACCUCUAACCCAUUUCCCUACAUAUGACAGUAUUGGGGUGGGAGUUUGGGAUAUGUUGAUGCCAUUUCAUCUCAUGAAAGUAUUCAAUUAAGCUUUAUUGUAAAUAGCAACUUUCAUAUCAAAAAACAACCACAGUGUACUCCAUGUGAUUUAUCACUCCUACAAGCAUCUGCUUUUCAGCUGCCACGGACAGGCUUUUGCAGCUUGCCCAUGAGGAUGACCCCAUCAGCCUUACAAUUCAAUGCUGCAUCAGCAGACCCAUCUGGGCAUUCAAGGACCAGUAGAUUAAUAAAAGCACAUUUGGGACUGGCCACCAAACUACUUGGAUUCUCCCCAGGAAGCUGACAUGCAGCCAUGUAACCACCUGGUGUGUUGAACUUUUCAGCUGACUAGUAAAUAGUUGCUAGCAGUCUAUGAGCCCAAUGGACUUGCAUCACCGGUUUUGUGGGCUUGCCGGCCAUCAGCAGCAGCUGCACUUGGGGCUAGGGUACAAGCAUGACAACAUCUCAUGGCUUAAGCUUUCAGACUGUACCUCUUCUCACUUGUAAUAUGCUUUAUGUAUUCUUUAUUAAUGUAAACCAAUGCAGACACAUACAAAGACGCAACAUUUUAAGCCUACUGUAAUGUAUUAUAAUAUUUUUAGCUGUGAAUUUCAAUAAAAAUGACUUGAUAUUGA